CAGAGCUUAUCGGAUAAGGUGCCAUCCAUUUCUCAAUCCUCCACCCUCCCUCGAAUCGUGUCACUGGACCUGUGGGCACACAUUCCUCGGUGCCCCGAACCUAGCCAUAUUCCCUCCUUCCGGCGAGCCCGCAUGGUCGCGUGCCCCCGCCAGGCCGCCACACUGCGCACCCGGUGCGCCGACCUGCAAACCACCAGCCGCGCGCCCACCGAACGGACGCAAAAACGGUUCGGGUCCCAUUUCCAGGAAACCCAGCCCAAUCCGGCGGCCCUUUUAAAGGCCCCAAUCAGGCAAUCACCCAUCCACCCCCAGGCCCGCGCCCCGCUUCCGACCCCUCCCGUCUUGUCAGGCGGACACACCAAUCAUCACCUCACCACUCACCAGCCGGCCGGGAGCCCGAGAUAAUGAUCCUGGUGGCGAUCGUGGCGGAGCUGAUGGAGGAGUACACGGUGCUGGUGGCGCGGGUGCUGGAGCAGCUGCUCCACGGCGCGCCCUUCCCGCGCCGCAUGCGCUUCCUCAUGCUCCGGAGCCUCCCCUUCGCCGCGCCGCCGCUCCCGCCGCCGCCGCCCGCGCACGCGCUCCACGUCGACACACGCGGCUGAAACCCCCCGGCCCGCCACGCUGGUAGCUUGCUGGUCGUUUCGACCUCGGGCUUGGAAAAGCUUGCUGUAGGUUCGGCAGCGGCUCCGCGGCUCCUCCAGGCUCCAGUCCUCCUCGUUGAGAAGCUGAAGCAAGAGGGCGCUUCCGUUCCACGGAUCCUUGUAAAAAAAAAAUACUUUAAUUUCUCCGUCCAAGUCGUGACUGAUGAAGAAGAGAUUCGGGGUUGUUCUCUUUUUUUUUUUUCAA